UUUCGGUACUAGUGAGCAGUGAAAAAAUUUUCUUGUGUGUGUUUUGCUUAGGGAAAAGGGUGGAUAUCUGGAGACUGAUCCUGCAAAUCAACAAGAAAAUGAGUGAUAAUCAGAGUGAAUUGGUGGAGGAGUCGAAAGAAGAGGUUAUGGGGGCAUUUCCGGAUGAAAACCGGCCUGAAAGCGAGGAGGAGACUACAAAUGUCAUGAAUUCCAACCAGACGGCUGGGGAGCAGAGUGAUCAGGCGACAGAGAUUGAAAAAACUACUCCAACGUAUGAGUGGAAGGACAUAACCAAAGAAUUCUUUGUGGCCAUCAAGGAUCUCAGUCUGGGAGAAUUGAUGCAUCAUGAGCUGUUUGGGCUGUUUGAGGCGAUGUCAGCUAUUGAGAUGAUGGAUCCCAAGAUGGAUGCUGGGAUGUGCUGCAAGAAAGAGAAGCCUUUAAGGUUCCAUACAGCAGUUAGUAAUGGGGAACUGAAAUUGGACAAUCUGGAGUAUAGGGAAUUAAUUGGGGUAUUUGACUCGAUCUAUGCGUGUCUGGUGUCAUGGUUAGAGGGGCAUUCUCUGGCACAGACACUCUUCACUUGUUUGUACAUGCAUUUCCCGCAUGCGAUUGAGGAAAAGAGCCUGAAGGCUUUCUGCUGUUCAAUCUACAAGCUCACUGACUACAUCAGGAAGUUCAUUACACAUGCUUCAGUGUUCGAAGAGGAAGAUUUCCAACCUAGCACAUUUGCCUACACCCUCUAUCCAGACGUCUCAGACACAAAAGCCUGCUCCAUGCUCAAGGAGGCUGAAGACGAGCUAUCCCGGAAGGCCAAAUCAUCGCCAGAAAGCGCCGAAAUUAUCCAAUUCGUGGUUUGUCGCUUAAAAUUUGCCCGGAUCCUCUUGCAGAUCUUUGUGACCUUGUGGCGAAUGAAGACGACUCCUCUCACUGAAACCGAGAUGAAUGAUGUGGUACGCCAGUUGAAUAAUCUGUUAGACAUCAUUCCCGUGAUGAGGAAGAGCAUAGACAGAGGAACACAGCCAGAAGCCAACUCUGAUGCUCCGAAUCCAAUGGGAUUCUCACCAAUGGUCAAUCAGAGGCUACUUCCGCCAACUUUUCCCAGAUACACCAAGAUCAAGGACCGAGAUGAGAGUGUGUCCUUCUUGGAGGAACUCAUUCAACGACUUAAACUUGCCUGCAAAGUCACCAGUUGCACUCACUUUUACACAGCUUUGAAUUUCUUCAUGGACUUUAGUAAAAAGUCCGGACAGUGUCUAUUGUCCAGGAGUAUGCUGAGGUUCAUCUAUUUGAACCUCUUCAGUGUGAAUUCCUUCACAGACUACCUAAAGGAGUCUGCUAAGAUCUUCAUUGCUCCCCCAGUGCUCAUGUCCCGUAAUGCCCUGUCCAGUAAUCCUCAAGCCAGAGAAUGUGUUGAGUCCUUCUUCAACUACACGCCCAAUAUGCACACAAUGUACGUCUUCCUGCAGAUUUGUGGGUACAAUAGGGCCAGGCAGAGGGAUAAGCUAGCUAGGCUGCUAGAAGAAUUUGCAAAGUUACAGCAUGAAGCCCAACGCUUAGACACUUACCUGUACAUGCAGGACUCAAAGUCCGAGAGUACAUCGCAAUAUUUGGCGUGCUUCGGGACAUGGGUUCUCUAUCAGUGUCUGAGGGCAAUGGAAUUGUAUUUGCUGUCAGGACUUGAGCUGGAACUCUACAGUGUUCAUGAGUAUCUCUAUAUUUUCUGGUAUCUCUACGAAUUUCUCUUUGGUUGGAUCGUAUCUUCGUUAACGCGCGCAGAAUCCUUCCUCCUGGACCAAGAUUGCAUUGUGGAUCAGGGAAAACAAGCCACUGGGGCCAAAUCACGUAAAUCCAAGUCCAAGAAGAAGAAGGCUAAACCCUAUUUCCGCGAGAUACUCUACAAUCAGGCUCUGCAGAAUGUCUGUGGUGGAUUCUACAAGGGACUGACGGGAUUUGUAAAGGAUGGACGCAUUCAGCAACCUGCGGCAAUUUUUGACAAUGAAAAAAUCCGGUUUGAUCAUCGUUUUGCACCAUUCGCAUGCCUCAAGACACCCCCAAUGGUGCCCUAUUUUGAAUUCAGGCUCAUGCGAUCUCAUUUGUUAAAAUUAUCAUCGGCUGAACUCUAUCUAGCGGCCGCUAAGCAUUUCCACCAAGGACGUACAAUUCUUGAGUCUAUCCCAAAUCCUGAUGCUGAGAUGCUGGACAUACUAAGGGUGACUAAGGUGAAUUUUGUCGUGAUGAAUCUACUGGCCAAUGGACACAAGAAAGAUUCCAAAGUUCAGCCGGAAUUUGACUUUAGCUAUCAUCGGUAUUUUCCCGUGAUUAAGCAGCAAUAAAGCCAAGGAUUUUUGGAUAUUAA